AUGCCUCGUGGUGCAAAAGGCAAGCAGCGUUCCCAUAGAAAACGCCACCAGGUGCGGGCUAACUCUCACAGUAACCAAAGAGCUCAGGCCACAGCAGAAGAGGCUCCUUCGACCUCUUCUGAUGUGGAGGCUGCUUCCCAGAUAUUACCAACUACUGAGCCCAGUAGCACUUCCCAGGAGGCUUCUACAGACUCUUCUGGUGUAACAACUGAUGAAGAUAGUGGCCAAGAUGGCAAUUCCUAUUCUUCUGAGCUCUCAACUACUGAGAUGUCAUUCGGUGACGUUCUGACUAUGCAAACAGCAGUGCUUGAGCAGUUCCUUCUGUACAAAUAUAAGAUGAAACAACCCAUUAGGAAAGAAGACAUGCUGAAGAUUGUCGACCAACGCUACUAUUCAGAGAUACUUAAGAGAGCUGCUGAGCGUAUUGAGGUGGUCUUUGCGGUUGACUUAAAGGAAAUUGACCCUACCCUUCACUUAUAUGACCUUGUCAGCAAGCUGAGACUCCCUAACAACGGGAGGGUGCGAGCAGGCAGGGGGCUACCCAAGACCGGUCUCUUGAUGACGGUCCUAGGUUUCAUUUUCAUGAAGGGAAAUAGUGCUAGUGAGGAAGAAGUUUGGAAAUUCCUAAACAAGAUGCGCAUCUAUGCUGGGCGGAAGCACCUCGUUUAUGGAGAGCCUAAGAAACUUAUCACGAAAGAUCUAGUGAAACUGAAGUACCUGGAAUACCGCCAGAUACCCAACAGCAACCCAGCCCGUUACGAAUUUCUGUGGGGUCCUCGAACAUAUGUUGAAACAAGCAAGAUUAAAAUCUUGGAAUUUUUAGCCAAAGUCAACAACACCGAUCCUAGCACAUUCAGAGAGCAGUAUGAAGAAGCUUUACGGGAGGAACAAGAAAGAGCUCAAGCCAAAGCUGCAGCUGUGCCUGGAAGUAGCGCCAUGGCCAGCGUUCCCUUGGGACGCUCAGCUGCAGCUCCCACUCCUACUGAUGCCUGA